CGCGAGGGCGUCAGCCUCGCCGCCCUCGCCGGCGGCAGCGCCGGCGGCGGCGGCGCGCCGCAGCCGCCCGAGCAGCAGAACCCCCUCGAAAAGUUCCUAUCCGGCCUCUCUUCGAUGGGCGCCGACGCGCUGCAGGCGCUCAGCAGCGCCGCCGCCGGCGCGGCCGCCGCUGCCGCCGCGGCCGCGGCCCGCGCGUGCGGGCGGCCGGAGGGGCUCGUUCUGACAGUCAAGGUCGCUGGCGUCCACUGGUGGUAUAACAGCACGAGCCACGCCAGCGAGCUUACCGCGGGCUACUACAACACGACGUCCCGCGACGGCUACACGCCGCUGCUGGAGAUGUGCGCCCGCCACGGCGCCAACGUGACCCUCACGUGCGUGGAGAUGUGCGACGCGCAGCACCCGCGCCACGCGCAGUGCGGGCCCGAGGGCCUGCUGCGGCAGAUCCGCGCCAACGCGGCCGGCCUGGGGGUCUGCCUGUCCGGGGAGAACGCGCUGAGGAUCUUCCUGGUGGGCGGCGGCAUCGACGCGACCGCGCUUGACAGGAUCGUCGACAACACGCGCAGCUGGACGCUGCCGCCGGGCGGCGGGCGCGGCGGCGGAACGGGCGGCGGCGGCUUCGGGAAUGGCAACGGCGGCGGCGGUGAGGGCGGGGCCGGCUGCGGGUACAAUGGGUAUGGAGGCGCUGGGGCGUACGGGUCGCUGCGGCCGUGCUCGUCGUGGCCGUGCGCCCCGAUGCGGGAGCAGCAGUUGGUGCAGCAGCAGCAGGUCUACCCCGGCCAGUACGCCAGCGCCGGCGGCGCCGCGUCGGAAGCGGCGGCGCAGCAGGAGUGGUAUGGCGGCGCCGGCGGCUACGCGGCCGGGGGCGGCAACGGGUACGGCGGCGCCGCGGGCGGCGUCUCGGCGCACCGCGCGUACAGCGAAGUGGGCUAUGUCGUGUACAAUGGCCAGGGCGAGGCGGUCCAGGCUGGCCCGGGCUACUGCCCGCAGCAGCAGCCGCCGUCCCGCGGGCCCUCGCCCGCGCCCCUGCCUCCGCAGCCGCAGGCGUCCAGUGCCCAGUGGUGGCCGCAGCCGCCGCCCUCGCCGCAGCUGCCGCAGCGGCCCGCGGGCGGCGGGUGGCGGCUGCCGCAGCCGUGGCGGCAGCAGGGCGGAAGCGGCGCCGCCUCGCAGCAGGGGUCGGGCGGCGUGGUGCUGCCAGCUAUGCGCGCCUUCACCUUCCUCCGGCUUGGGCCUGAGAUCCUAGAUCACCAGGGGCCGUGGCACCAAUUUAUGUACAAGAUGCAGCGAGGCCGCUCGUGA